UACCAUAAUUCUGAACUGACUGUAUAUUAUGAAAUUGCGUGUUUCUUUUUUAUUGUUUUGUAUUAUUUGUAAUUGCUUACUCGUUACAAGCAAGAAAAAAGAUCCACGAGAUUUUACGGACGCGGAUAUCUAUAAGUUGGAAGAGGAAUGGACGGAGGAAGGUGAUAUCGAUGAAGGGGAUUUACCCGAACAUCUUAGAAAAAGUGAACCAAUUGAUAUGACAAAGAUUUCUCCCGAUGAUCCAGAAGGGAUUGUGAAAAUGUCAAAACGUCACAAAACUUUAAUGAUGUUCGUAACUGUGUCGGGCAAUCCAGAUGAAGCAGAAACAGAAGAUAUCACUAAGCUAUGGCAGUCUAUGUUAUUUAAUGCUAACAUUGAAGUGACGAGAUUCGUGAUCAGUGCCAACAGAGUUCUAUUCAAACUGAAUGAUGGAUCUUAUGCUUAUGAGAUACGAGACUUUUUAAUAGAACAAGAACGAUGUGAAACAGUUACAAUUGAAGGAAAAGAUUAUCCCGGCAAAGGUUCACCCAUAAAAAAAGGAAGCAAAAAGAAAGACGAAAAAAAGAAAAACGACAAAAACAAGUCUAAGAAAAAGAAGAAAAACAAAACAGAAUUAUAAUAUUUAAAUAUAUCCGUGCGGCCGUUCUCCACCCAUGUACACAGUAUAUUAUAAAGUAAAAAAUAAAUGCAGUUCCAAAGUAAUACCUAUAUGUGCAAUUUUAGGUCAAAUUUAUUUUCCAUGCUAUAUGAGUAUAAGAAAUAACAAGAAUUUAAUUCCUUGUGUAUUAAAUUCUAAUGAAAAAAUCUUUUUUUUUUAUAAGAUAUAAAUUUAAAUAUAAAAAGUAAAUACAAUAGACAGUAAUAUGCUAUGGAAUUUUUCAAAAUUCAGCCAAUUUUGUGCCUUUUAUUUUGCAAUGAAGUUAUAUAAAGAGAUUUUCUGCAUGAUAUAACAGCAUUAUCAUGAUACAUUUUUGAUGUAAUACUGGACCAAUAAAUUCAACUAUUUUCA